UCCAGUAUCAAAUGGCAAUUCCAUUCCCACAUUUAAUUGGCGUUAGUCUCACGCUCUCUGGUGGCUCAAAUUUCUUUGUCUCUCUUCUUACUUCCCUCUGCUUCAAUAAUUGAAUUCAAGUCCAGAAUCUCUCACGUAUCAUUCUGCAAUUAUCUUCAAAGGGAUUGGUAAUUAAGGAAGAGAAAUGGGGUUGUCAUUUGCGAAGCUUUUUAGCCGGCUUUUUGCCAAGAAGGAGAUGCGAAUUUUGAUGGUGGGUCUUGAUGCAGCCGGUAAAACACCAUCUUGUACAAGCUCAAGCUUGGAGAAAUUGUUACAACUAUUCCAACUAUCGGAUUUAACGUGGAGACCGAGAAUCCAAGUUCCAAAGCUUAGUAGAAGGGUUGGAGUCAAAAGAUCGGAUUAAAGUUUGCGAGUCAUUGAAUGACGUUCGGCGUUUCUCUUUAUAUCACUCCACACUACUGCUUCCAAUCUUAGAGAAGGUAAUAUCGGUAGUGGUGAAGGCAAUGAGUAACCCGAGAAGUGCCCUUUGCAAGACCUCGAUUAUGGCUGCUUCGGAUAUCUUCAAUGCAUUUGGUGAAAAGUUGCUCGACUUAACCGCUUCCGGUGCAUUUGAUCGGUUGUUUCUGCAAUUGUUACUUAAAGCUUCUCAAGGCAAGAAUUUUGUAUGUGAAGAAGCAGAUAGGUCACUGAAAGCAAUGGCAAACUUCAUUCCUCCUUUGCCUCUGCUUAAGAAGCUAGGCAGAUAUGUUACCCAUCGCAACCUUAGAGUCCGAGCUAAAUCGACUGUUUCUGUUUCGAACUCUGUUUCCAUGAUGGGUGUGGAAGAAAUGAAAGAGGUCGGGUUCGUUACACUGCUUCAACUGGCUAUGGAUUUGUUGAACGAUAGACUCCCCGAGGCCAGAGAAGUCGCAAGAAGCAUUGUGUUUUCGGUAUACAAGGCUCACUGAA